CACUCAGUUCUUCUCAUAAACCACAAAAAUAAACUCUCUUCUAAAGUUUUCUCUUCGGUUUUCAUCAAUAUUUGUCUCUCCUUCUUAAGUGAACAAAACAAAAAUUCAAAAGAAAAAAUGGAUCAAAAAUUGCCAGUUAUAGCGAAAAAGUUCUGGAAGAUAGUCCGCGUGGCUUAUUUCAUGUUGAGGAAAGGAUUAUCAUCAAAGAGAAAACUAAUGUUCGAUCUCAACUUAUUAAUGAAACGUGGUAAGAUUGCUGGCAAAGCCGCAUUCCAAAAUCUAAUGUUCCAGGGCCAUAAUAAUGAUAAUCAUGUUCAUCAAUCAACUUCCAAAGAGUAUUACGAGUUCAGCUGCAGUAACAGCCCCUCUUUUCACCUCCCUUUCAACCUCAACAAGCGCAUUAAUAAGCACAAUCACAAUGCAGUAUCUGUCACUGAGCACGACGACGUUUCAAUGAUGAACGCUGCCGUUUUGAAGGCAUUAGAAAUGCUUCAGAGCGAAACAGCAUCACCUGCUUUGCCUGGAUUCGGGAGGACUCCAACGGUGAGACAAUUAAGGAUUACAGACUCGCCUUUUCCGGCUGAUAACGGUGAAAUUAUUAGUCACGUUGAUGAAAAAGCUGAUGAAUUCAUUUCUCGAUUCUACAGAGAUUUGAGAAGAGAGACUGCAUCUGCUUUUGCUUAAUUUUUUUUUCUUUCAAAAUUAGCUCAUGGCAAUAAUUAUUAUGUAUAGAAAGAGCUUAUGUAUGCAGAUUGGGAGCUCUGAAUACUGCAAAUUUAUUUUUGGUUUCCAUUCUGUCCCGGGAUUUAUUUAUUUUCUUUUCAUAAUUUUCUCUUUUUAUGAAAUUGUGAAAAUUAUUGAUGUGAUGAUACCCGUUUGGUUCUUGCUUACGGUAUAAUAUUUUCUUAAUA